AUGAUCGCCGGCCCCUCCGAUGCACCGGGAAACGGAGCACGGUGUGGGGGUCGCCGGGAGGCGCCGGUGGUCCGGGUGAGGCAAGGGGCUGUCACAGCCCGGAGCUGCCCCCGAGCCGGGGCCGCGGUCCCCCAGCCCGCGGUAGGUGCUGCUCACUCGGGCAUCCUCAGGCCCGGAGCCACGGAGACACCGGGACCGGGACCCCCUCAGGCUCCGGGGUCACGCAUAACCGGGACCCCUCGAUACCCCGGGGCCGGGCCGCCUACCUGGGUCAAGGCCGCGGCGGUCCCGUCCCGUCAGCGCCGCACCUGCGGAGGGCAGAAGAGGCGUCGGACGCGGGGCCGGGACCCCCCGGGACCCCCCGGAACCCCCCGGGCCCCAGCGGGACUGGGCCCCUCGCCCCACGGCACCGCGGCCCGCUCAGACCCGUCCCCGUCGCGUGCCGCCGCUCACCGCCCGCCCCCGCCACGGGCCCCGCGCUCCCGACGCCAUCUUCCCGCCGCGCCCGACGCACCGCGCGCGUUGGACACGCCCACCGGGGCCGGGGACACGCCCACCGGGGCCGGGGACACGCCCACCGGGGCCGGGGACACGCCCACCGGGGCCGGGGACACGCCCACCGGGGCCGGGGACACGCCCACCGGGGCCGGGGACACGCCCACCGGGGCCGGGGACACGCCCACCGGGGCCGGGGACACGCCCACCGGGGCCGGGGACACGCCCACCGGGGCCGGGGACACGCCCACCGGGGCCGGGGACACGCCCACCGGGGCCGGGGACACGCCCACCGGGGCCGGGGACACGCCUACAUGCCUCGGUGGGCGGGGCCUCCCGGGAGAGCCCGAGCGCUCAUUGGCUACUCCGGGAGCGGGGCGGGACCGGGCGGGGCCGGGGGCGCGUGGGAACCGGGAGCCGGGAACGGGGAAAGGCGAAUCCGGCAACCCCUCUGAGCCGGUCACCGACAACCGGGUACCCAGGUGCUGCGACUCCCGGCACCGAGAACCCCAGUACGGGCACCACCCGCAACCGGGCACCCCGCUGGCCCGGGCAUCCCUGUUCUGGGAUCCCCCCCACACUGCCACCCCUCGGAACUGGACCCUGGACCCCGCCGGGGACUGGCACUACAGAUGGAUCAGCCUCAUGGUUCUGCCCAUCCUUUACAACUGGGUCAUCCUCAUCCUCAGGUGCUGCUUCCCCGAGGUGCAGGAGGCACAUGUGGGGCUGUGGCAGGCCCUGGACGGGCUCAGCGAUGCACUGUACCUGCUGGACAUGGCUGUGCACCUCCACACAGGUUUCCUAGAGGAUGGGAUCCUGGUGCAGGACGUCAGCCGGACGCGGCGGCGCUACCUGGGCUCCUGGACCUUCCCCUGGGAUGUGAUGGCUGUGCUGCCCACCGAGCUGCUCUGUCUGCUCCCAGGGGUCCCCAGGGUCCCAGGGGUGCCAGCAGCACGCGCCAACCGCUGCCUACGGCUGCUGCGGCUCUUCGAGGCCUUCGACCGGUGCGAGACACGCACGGGAUGGCCCAACGUGUUCCGUGUGGCCAAGCUGAUGCUGUACCUGCUGCUGGGCAUCCACUGGCAUGGCUGCCUCUACUUCGCACUGUCGGCACACCUGGGGCUGGGCGUUGACCCCUGGGUCUGCCCCAGCUUCACCCGACUGCUGCGCCGCUACCUGCACAGCUUCUACUUCUCCACACUGGUCCUGGCCAUGGUGGGCGACACACCAGCCCCGCAGCGCGAGGAGGAGUUCCUCUUCGUCACCGCCGGCUUCCUCCUGGCCAUGCUGGGCUUCGCCACCAUCACCGGCAACAUCAGCGCCGUCAUCGUCAACCUCAGCGCAGCCGACGCUGCCUUCUACCCAGACGUGGGGCCGAUGCGGCGGUACCUGCGGGCGCGGGGCGCGGGCGGGCGGCUGGUGCGGCGCGUGGUGCGCUGGCACCAGCACCUGCGGGCACAGCGCAAGCUGCCGGCGGAGUGGGAGGUGCUGCAGCACCUGCCGCAGGGCCUGCAGGCCGAGGUGGCAGCCAGCGUGCACCUGGCAGCCCUGCGGCGCGUGGGGCUGUUCCGCGGCUGGGAGCACAGCGUGCUGCGGCAGCUGGUGCUGCGCCUGCGCCCACAGGUCUUCAGCCCCGGCGAGUUCGUGUGCCGGCGUGGCGAUGUAGGCCACGAGAUGUACUUCAUCCGCGAGGGCCGCCUGGCUGUGGUGGCCGAGGACGGUGUCACGCAGCUGGCCGUGCUGGGCGAGGGGCUCUACUUUGGGGAGAUCAGCCUCAUCAACAUCAAGGGCAACAUGGCAGGGAACCGGCGCACGGCCAACAUCCUGAGCAUCGGGUACUCAGACCUGUUCUGCCUGGGCAAGGAGGACCUGACAGAGGUGCUGGCUGAGUUCCCCUGUGCCCGUGCUGCCAUGGAGGCCAAGGGCCGGGAGCUGCUGCUGCACAUGGGCCAGCUCAACACUGGAGCUGAGGUGGCAGCAGUGGCGGCCGAGGCCGAGGCCGAGCGGCAGCUGCAGGGGCUGGAGGUGGCCCUGGAGGGGCUCCAGACACGGGCAGCCCGACUGCUGGCACAGCUGGAGGCCAGUGCCCUGCGCGUGGCCCUGCGCAUCCAGCGCCUCGAGGGGUGGCUGCACCUGCGGCAGCAGCGACGGGACAGAGCAGCAGGGACAGAUGGGGCAGCAGGAACGGCCUCACCGCAGCGGCCUGCCAGGACACAGGGUCCUACUGGGGGACAGGGCCCCCCCAGGCUGCUGCUGCGGGACGGGGACCGGGACGGGGAAGGAGCCGGGAUGGGGACGGGUCAGGGUCAUGGAGUUGCGGAGUCGGGAGCAGCUCGGGACCCCCAGCCCCGCCGGGGCAUCCCGGGGUCAGCCGCAGGGACGCGGUGA